AUGAUGGAUGAAGGAAAUCAAUCAGCCAUAACUGAGUUCAUUCUGUUGGGUUUCACAGAUAAUCCCCAAAUGCAGCUACCUCUUUUUGUGAUGUUCCUACUAGUAUAUAUUGUCACAGUUAUAGGGAAUCUUGGAAUGAUUGUCUUAAUCUGUGUGGAGCCCCAAUUUCACAACCCCAUGUAUUUUUUCCUUGGAAAUUUGUCCUUCAUUGACCUCUGUUACUCCUCAGUUAUUGCUCCAAAAAUGCUGGCUGAUUUCUUAGCCAAGAGGAAAAGGAUUGCAUACAAUGUCUGUGCUGUACAGCUGUAUUUAUUUGGUUUCUUUGCUGAUGUAGAAUGUCUUUUGUUGGCUCUGAUGGCCUAUGACCGGUACAUAGCAAUCUGUAACCCCCUUCUCUAUACAGUUGUUAUGUCUCAGAAGGCAUGUAAACACCUAAUGGCUAUAGCAUAUAUUAUAGGCUUGGUAGAUUCAAUGAUACAAACUUCCUGCACAUUCCAACUAUCAUUCUGCAACUCCAAUGUUAUCAAUCAUUUUUUCUGUGACUUGCCACCUCUUCUUGAACUCUCUUGUUCAAACACUUUCAUUAAUGAGAUUGUGAUGUUCACGUUUAUUGGCUGUAUCGAAGGGGGAAGCAUUGGUAUGAUUCUUGUUUCCUAUGUUUACAUCUUGAACACAAUUAUGAGAAUGCAUUCUUCUGAAAGCAGACAUAAAGCCUUUUCCACUUGUGCCUCCCACCUGACAGCUGUCGGGAUAUUACAUGGGACGAUACUUUUCAUGUAUUUUCGACCCACCACCAGCUACUCAAUGGACCAAGACAAAUGGGCCUCUGUGUUUUAUACAGUAGUAAUCCCCAUGCUCAACCCCCUGAUCUAUAGUCUCAGGAACAAAGAUGUGAAACAGGCCCUGGCAAGGCACUUGGUAACAUAG